AUAGAUGUAGCUGCAGCACAAUGGACACUUCUACGGCAAGUCUAUCUGAUAAACUACCAACUAGAGCCUGGAUAAUUAUAAUUAUAGGAAUAUAAAUGUUCAGUUCCCUACGUACCCUAGGCAGAUGUCACAAAACGAGCUUGUACAACAAGUGAAAUCCCUUGAAUUCCUGCUGAGAGAAUCAGAGGAAAAUACUCAAAAGUUGGAGGCCAAACUCAAGGGCCUUGUCGAUGACAAGAAAGUGUUGGAACAAGGAUUGUCUGACACUAAGAACAGGCUAGAAGGUGAACUAAAUGUCCUCUCGGUAAGUGGUUAAAGUAAAGCGGUGCAGUGAGCUAGACCUGUCGUACAUAGCAGUCACCCUUGUGUACACCAAUGUGCAGUGGAUGUGUUAGAGAGAUGGCCUAUUAACACAGGUCACACGUCCGAACACAAGCUAUAUGCAUAUGCUAUAUAUAUAUAUGCAUGGAGCUUAUCAAGUGUAUUAUACUAUAUAUAUAGCUGGGUGACCUGCUAAGAGUGAUCAUGUGCCAAUAGAUUACACAUAAUAGAAAGUGCAUGUACACUAUACCGGUUGUAAUCAAUUGUUAUACAGAUAAUUAAGUCAUGCAAAUCUUCAGUCAGAAAAACAGCAUUUCAACGACCGACUACGUGAUAAGGACACUGCUAUGGAAGAUUUAUCAAAUAAAUUUACUGAGUUGGCUAAAGAAAGAGACGCCAUGAUUUGUAAGUGUGACUGGUAUCAAACACAAUUAAAGGAAUCGACACCAGAACACCAACAAUCUCUUAAACGUCUCCUCAACAAAAAGUUUAAAGAGGUCGAAGACUUGCAUGAAGAGCUACAUAAAAUAAAGAUCCAGUUAAACGGGCUGACACUGCAGUAUAAAGAGGCUGAGCUGGUCCUUGUGAAUCAAAGCGAUAAUAGAGACGCAAUUUAAUGACCUAGAGAAGAAAAUGGCUGAAAUUAAGGCUCUAAAAGCUGCUACAUUUAAACAAACUUCUCGCGAUGGUCGACAACAUCGCAGUACAAGCCCUCGACAAGUCACGAAUCGAAGACGCCAAAGUGAAAACAACGCUGUGCUAAAUACGCCAACAGAGCAAGGAGCUAAAGUUGGUAUACCGGUACACAAUGUACAAGCAUCAACUCCAACAAAUUUCCAAACAUCAAGAUCACCAAUUCCGCUAUCACAGCAGAUUGUCCAAUUCCCACCCUCAGGUAUUGUGACUGCCGUUGAAGCAGGGAUACCUCAAUCUUCCAAUCAGUUGUCUGAUAUUCCUCAAAACGACACAAAGAAAGUGUACGUGAACCAACCACCUUCGAAUUCAGUACCUCAAAAUCAUCUCUACCAUAAUAUCGAUGGAAUUCUCAUCCCACCAGACAGCCCACCAGACAUUUCUUCGGGAGCAUAUUAUCAAAACAUCCCUUUGUUAGAAAGUGUACACGAUUCAAGAAAAGAACUUACAGUCGAGAAUAGACAUGAAGAUGGAAGUACACCAGCCAUACACACUCAUGCUGAAGUUAAGGAGGAUAAUUCCAUAGUUACUGUAGUAGACAUGAUGUCGACCAUGUCCAUAAAUCCUCCCACAAACAUUCAAGAUCGAAGUCUUAGAAUGGAAGGCACUAAAGGACGAGUGAAUGAUCAAGAUAUUCUUGAUGAGGUACAAACUGGUGAGGGUAUAUACAAUGGUAUAAUGAAAGACAGAACCAGAGAGCCAACCAUGAAGCAAAUUCCCUGCGAUCCUAACCUUGUGUGUCCCGUGUGCAAUAAACAGCAUCGAUUGGGAGAGAUUCAGAAGUUUAGGAUACAUGUUAAAAACUGUACAGAUCGAGACUGUGAGCUAAUUCAUGACUUAGUCUAGCCGUUAUUCAACCCAAUCAUUAUUUCCUUUGGUUGUAUACAUGUAUAUAAUAAUUACCGCGAGCUUAAUCUUU